AUCUGUUUGAAAUGUGGCAAAGCAUUACCCAUCCAUAACAUCACCCGAAACGUGAACGCGGAAAUUUCAAGUGCGCGCACGACGCGUGGCCGUAAAUACGUCAGUGAAACGCUCGUUCUUUCUUUCUCUCGUCCUGAAGAUGGCGGCAGGGACUCUGUACACGUAUCCAGAUAACUGGAGGGCAUUCAAGGCCCAGAUUGCUGCCCAGUACAGUGGGUCUCGCCUCAAAGUCGCCAGCAACCCCCCUGCCUUCACCUUCGGGCAGACGAACCGUACUCCUGCCUUCCUCAACAACUUUCCUCUGGGCAAGGUACCCGCCUACCAGGGAGAUGACGGUUUCUGUCUGUUUGAGAGUAAUGCCAUUGCUCACUAUUUGAGCAAUGAUGCCCUGCGUGGUGCCACUCCACAGGCCGCAGCCCAGGUGCUGCAGUGGGUGAGCUUCGCUGACUCAGAGAUCAUCCCUCCAGCCAGCGCAUGGGUCUUCCCCACUCUGGGAAUCAUGCAGUUCAACAAGCAGGCCACAGAGCAGGCCAAGGAGGACGUGAAGAAAGCCCUUACACUGCUGAACCAGCACCUGAACACCCGUACCUUCCUGGUGGGAGAGAGGAUCAGUCUUGCUGACAUCACAGUGGCCUGCUCCAUGAUCUGGCUUUACAAACAGGUCCUUGAGCCUUCCUUCCGUCAGCCGUACACCAACGUGAACCGCUGGUUUGUCACCUGUGUCAACCAGCCCCAGUUCAAGGCUGUCCUUGGAGAGGUCAAGCUGUGUGAAAAGAUGGCCCAGUUUGAUGCCAAGAAGUUUGCAGAGAUGCAGCCCAAGAAAGAGGCCCCUCCUAAGAAAGAGAAGGCAGGAAAAGAGGCAGCCAAGCCCCAGGAGAAGAAGGAAAAGAAAAAGGAGGAGAAGAAGCCUGCCCCAGAGGAGGAGAUGGAUGACUGUGAUGCUGCUCUGGCUUCUGAGCCCAAAACCAAGGACCCCUUUGCACAUUUGGCAAAGAGUGCAUUCGUCAUGGAUGAGUUCAAGAGAAAGUAUUCCAAUGAGGACACCCUGACAGUAGCCAUUCCCCACUUUUGGGAGCACUUUGACACUGAAGGGUACUCAGUCUGGUACAGCCAGUACAAAUACCCUGAGGAGCUUACGCUUACCUUCAAGAGCUGCAACCUUAUUACAGGCAUGUUCCAGCGCCUGGACAAACUCAGAAAGAAUGCCUUUGCCAGUGUCAUCUUGUUUGGCACCAACAACGACAGCAGCAUCUCUGGCAUCUGGAUCUUCAGAGGCCAGGAACUGGCCUUCCCUCUGUCACCAGACUGGCAGAUCGACUACGAAUCAUACGAUUGGCGCAAGCUCGAUCCAACUAGCGAGGAGUGCAAGACUAUGGUAAAGGAGUACUUUGCCUGGGAGGGAGACUUCAAGCACGUGGGUAAAGCCUUCAACCAGGGCAAGGUCUUCAAGUGAGAGGACACUGGGACAGGAUCAACAAAAGCAUUCAGCGCUUCUGCUUCCCGACACUUAAACCUACUGACUUUCAGCCACCACGUGCUUACAUUACUGCAGGAAUGACUCGGAAUGACAGUGUUUUGAAGACGAGUGAAUUGUCUCAGUGGCCCCAAACUGUUUUUUUUGUUUUGACCUGCGAAAUAAAGCAUUUUCCAUAAUGCCAUCUAUGGGA